UGGUUAUAACUAGUUAGAAAACGAGCAAAUUGUAUCUUAUACUAUGCCUCCCAAAAAAACCGCCUCGUUUGAAGUGCCUGAUCCAGGGCAACCUUCGACUGACGUUUCCAAGAAAGGAGUGAAGAACUCAGAAAAGCUUAAAUUGGAUGUUGCUGGUGAGUCGAGCAAAGUGGCAGUGACCCGGAAAGUAUCAACUCAUCCAUCGACGAUGGAAAUGGUCAAAGAGGCGCUUAAAGCGCUUGAUACCAGGAAGGGGCUGUCCGCACAAGCAAUCCGUGGGUAUAUUUUAGAGAAGUAUCCGUCGGUGGACGCGGUCAGGCUGAAGUAUAUGCUGCGCAAGGCGUUAACUAAAGGACUCGAGGUCGGGACUCUGGUGAGGCCUGCGAAUUCCACUGGAAAUGGCGCACAGGGGAGAUUUCGACUUGCAGUUCGGGGCAAAACUAAAGAGCCAAAAGGGACUGAGAAUUCUGAUCCUAAUGUGGAGAAAUCAAAAGUGGAGACUAAGUCCAAGGGAACAGGAUCCAAGAAGACAAAACCUGUGCCCAAAAAGCUUAAGGAUGAGGACUCUGGUUCCACAGAGGCUCUCGCCUCUAAAGUGGCUCCUGCCAAGAAGCCGAAGGCAGCCAAGGAAGGUGCCAAGAAAGCCGCGGCAAAGACUAAAGUGGCGACUGUGCCAAAGGCACGCAAUGCCAAAUCUCUGGCCAACCAGCUGGAGGGAGAAGGUGAAGCUGCUGCUAAAAAGCCUGGUAAACGAGGGAAGAAUGCACAGUGAAGGGACUUUGUUUUAUGUGUACAUUUUUAAUUUCCCAUUAUGCAUUGUACAGUUUAAAUAAAGAUUUGGAUUACUUUUGGA